GGCGGCCCGGCCGCGAGGAGACAGGCUUGGGGCCGGGGGGCUGCGGGUUUGGGCGGGAGAGCUCUAGGCGGCGGGGCGGGGGGCGCCCUCCCUCCCGCGCAGCCCUCCGCGGGGCUCUGGCGGCCAGGCCUCACCUGCCCGCAGGCCCAGGAGCCGCCCGCCGCCGCCCAGGGUCCGUGCCCGCGGCCGGCGGCGCGUGAAGGUGCGGACGCCAGGCGCGGGGGUCCGCGCGGAGGCCUGGGCGGCGUGGCCGGGGGAUGCUGGGCCCCUGGGCUUCUGCAGCGGAGAGGGCACCCCCAGGACAGCCGUGCCCCCGGGCUGCCCCAGCGAGGCGCUUGACAGUGAACCCUGGGGAAGUUGGGCAGCUGUGAGUUUGCCUGUCGCCCUUAAGUGCCCUUAGGAUGCAGUGAUUAAGGAAUUAGGCUCUCCCUCCGGGAGGGGCACUGCCUGUGCUUGAGAACUCCGUGCAGAGAAAAAGGACAGAAUGAUGCUGGCCGAGCAAGCCCAAAAGUGGUUUCCUACCCACGUGCAGGUCACAGUGCUCCAAGCCAAAGAUCUUAAGCCAAAAGGCAAAAGUGGCACCAAUGACACAUACACUAUAAUUCAGCUGGGCAAGGAAAAGUACUCCACCUCUGUAGCUGAGAAAACCCUUGAGCCAGUGUGGAAGGAGGAGGCCUCUUUUGAGCUACCUGGAUUGCUAAUGCAGGGGAAUCCAGAGAAAUACAUUCUUUUCCUCAUAGUUAUGCACAGGUCCCUGGUGGGUCUGGAUAAGUUUUUAGGGCAGGUGGCAAUCAAUCUCAAUGACAUCUUUGAGGACAAACAAAGAAGGAAAACAGAGUGGUUUAGAUUAGAAUCCAAACAAGGAAAAAGAGCCAAAAACAGGGGUGAGAUCAAAGUCAAUAUUCAAUUCAUGAGGAACAAUAUGACAGCAAGUAUGUUUGACUUAUCAAUGAAGGACAAAACAAGAUCUCCUUUUGCAAAAUUAAAAGAUAAGAUGAAAGGUAGAAAAAAUGAUGGAACAUUUUCGGAUACGUCUUCUGCAAUCAUUCCAAGUUCUCACAUACCCGAUGCCAGUACUGAAUUUUCAAGUGGUGAAAUACAGAUGAAAUCCAAACCAAAAAAGCCUUUCCUUUUGGGUCCUCAGCGACUCUCUUCAGCACAUUCAAUGUCUGAUUUAACUGGGACACACAUAUCUUCUGAGAAACUCAAGUCCGGCACCAUUGGUCAGACGCAUCUUCUCGGACGGCAGAUAGAUGCCUUUGGAGCGGUUCCAGAAAGUGGAAGUCUCAAAUCUCCACACAGAAGAACAUUAAGCUUUGAUACUUCUAAAAUGAACCAACCUGACAGCAGUGUGGAUGAAGGUGAAUCGUCUUUCGGAAGACAAAAUGACCCAUUUACAAAUGUGACUGCUUCAUUACCCCAAAAAUUUGCAACACUGCCAAGGAAGAAAAAUCCAUUUGAAGAAAGCAGUGAAUCAUGGGACAGCGGCAUGAAUUUAUUUUCAAAAUCAGUUGAAGUAAGAAAAGAAAAUAAAAGAGAGAAAAGGGAGAAAGUUAGCCUAUUUGAGAGAGUGACUGGAAAAAAAGAUAGCCGAAGAUCCGAUAAACUUAGCAAUGGGGGAUCUGAUAGCCCUUGUGACUUGAAAUCACCUAACGCAUUUAGUGAAAAUCGUCAGGACUAUUUUGAUUAUGAGUCAACUAAUCCGUUUACAACAAAAUUCAGGGCUUCACAUAUAAUGCCAUCUUCAAGUUUUCAUAUGAAUCCGACAAGUAAUGAGGAGCUCAGGAAAAUCCCGGACAGCAAUCCUUUUGAUGCCACGGCAGGGUAUCGUGGUCUGACCUACGAGGAGGUCCUCCAGGAGCUAGUGAAGCACAAAGAGCUCCUUCGGAGGAAAGACACCCACAUCCGGGAACUCGAGGACUACAUCGACAACCUCCUCGUGAGGGUCAUGGAGGAGACCCCCAGUAUUCUCAGAGUGCCGUACGAACCGUCCCGGAAAGCUGGCAAAUUCGCCAACAGUUAAUCAGCCAGGAGUACUGCAUUUGUGAUUGGGGCAAAAAGGAAAGAAGAAAGAGAAAAAGAAGAAAAUCUUGGUACUGCAAGAAACUACAUUAUCAGGCUUCAUUAUAUACUCGACUCCGUUGCGAAAAAUUCCUUUACCUGUAAAUAUUAGCAGGGACCAUCAAGAGUGACCUUUGAAGUGAGCUAAAUAAUUUAAACAUAUAAAGUGAAAAUGGGCCAGAUUCUCAAUGAAUAAGCAGUUCCUUAGGAUUUUCACUGAGGUGCCGGCGCCGGCCUCCUAACCUGCCGUAGGCCUAGGGAUCACUUCAGAAGUACGCGACUUCUUAUUCCUCAGGACUAGAGCUCAUAAAGCAGAAUCGAUGCUGGGGCUGGUUUCUUAGAAGUCAGUUUGUAGACUGACUUAGCUGCAGGAAUACUGCUUAUUAUAAACACUAAAAAAAGUUCACAUUUUAUAUGCAUAUAUAUGUACAUGAAUAUAUGUUCAUAUAUCUUUGUAUAUAAAAUACAUGCAUAUACCUCACAUAUACAUGUGUUUUUAGAACAUUUAAAAACAGCUGAUUGUCUCGAAAAUUAGGAUACCAGUUUCUUAAUUUGGAAAUCCGUGUGUGCUCUAUCAAUGCAAAAACAAGCCAUCAUUGCUACUAGUACAGUUUGUUGUAGGGAAGCUGCUUCAGAUCACUCUUGACUUUGCAAAUCUUGGUUUCACAGUGAGAGCCGCUCCUAUAUAUUAUUCCAGCAUCAGAUGUUUGCUCUUUUUCUAAAAAGAAUGAUUCCAGGUUUUUUUGGUUUUCUUUUUUUAGGCAUGACAUAUUUAAGGAAAAUUGACUAGCAUCACAAUAGUACAAAUUUCUUAAGUUCAUCUUUUAACAUUUGCGUUUCGUUCAGUAGAAGGGGAGCUAAUGUAGUUUGUCCUGUUGAGAUUCCGAAUGUCUUGAAGGACAUUAUUAGGAAGUUAGAUCUGAAAAGAAUUCUGGGGCGGGGGGGGGGGGGGGGGAGUAGGGGAUCGUCUGAUGCCUGAUAACCCAGAGCAAUGGGCAAAUUCUAGGAAUGAAGAAUUCGGUGUGGUUUCAGGUUACGUAAAUAAUAGAACAGAUGGUUGCAUUUGGGUCUUGAACCAAAAUAAGAGUCACUAAAGGAGGAGUGAGUUGUUGGAACUGCCCUUCGCUAGCAUGGCACCGUACGCACUGUUCUACAUGGACCCUUAAGAAUUGGUUUAUUGCAAAAUUCUGUGUCAGCUCUUUUAAGUCUCUCCCCCAAAAUAUCGAUUACUUCCGUGAAUUAUCUUCGUAGAUUUGUGCAAAAUAAGCCUGAAAUGUAAAGUGGAAAACAAUGGUAUGAAAAUAUUACUAGUCAUCUGCUUAUUUUUUCCCUUAAAAAUCUGAAAUACGUUUUCUAUGAAACACUGAACCUGUGUUUCUGGUUUUAAAAGAAAAAAACUUCAUCUAUAUGUGGAGACCUGUAUUCUCCAGGCUUUUAAUGAACUGCACUGUUGUCGAAUAUUUCUCUCCACAAAGACUUUAUUGAAAAUUCGGUACAAAGCAGAUAGAAUAGUUUUGCUCAUUUUAAUAUUCUGAGUCAGAUAUCUUGGCCAAGUAUAUAUUCGUGAGCUAAAAUUGCUCAUUUGUAUUUUCUGAGUUUCCUUAGUUUUCCUAUGGGAACAUACGUUUUGAAAUUCUAGGAAGUUUUCCUAAACACAAAAAAAAUUAAAUAAUUUUUUUAAAUGGAGAAAUGGAGAAGGAAAAGUAGCUUCUACCAACUUUUUUUUUUCCACUUCUGAAUUUCUGUACUAAACCUCAAAAUCUGGUUUAGAAUUCUAUUUUCUUCUUGAGGUCUUAGUACUUAUUAUUUUUUAACACAGUGCCAUUUUUAGUUAGUGUUUUAUUCAAUAUUACGAAAUUUUUAGCAUUUUUUUCUGUUAGUAUAACUGAACCUCUUCUUACACUUUUGUAAAAUACUAAAAUCCAUGUGUUUUCAGUAUUAUGCCAGAUUAUCUGCAGAUAUUUUAAUAUGCUUUGGCCAAAUUUAUUCUUUAUAAAAUGAACCAAGAUGCCAGUUUUGUAUUGGGGAUUUGUUUUAUGUAAAUAGAAUUCGUUAAAAAGUAUUGUUCAAAUACUACUAUUCUUUUUGUGAGGAAGUUCAUUUCUAAGGAGAGGUUCUCUGCCAGGUUGGAAGUGUUUAGGAUUAAAUUUACCAGACAUGAAUAAUCUGGUUAUAACCGAAUCAAUGUUUUUAUCUUUCAACCUGACACAAGAAUUGUGCUGAAAAUGAAUCCGCACUUGUCACUGCCUGAAAAUGUGCUGUCCCAAUGUUUAUGAACUUCCGCUCAUGACCUGGAGUCAGACUUAUGUGUUUUCAUAAUAUGGUCAAUAGGAAACACUAAAAAAAGUAAAAAUGAAUUCCCAAGCAAACAUGUCAGUGUUUCCUGUGUUUGGGCAGAAGAGCAAACAGAGUAGUUUUAGUUUCUAGUAUUGUGGAGAAAAAAAGCCAAGAAGUUCACCUUCAGUUAAUUUCUCCAAAAUGUAACUUUUAAGUAUUCUAAUGGUAUAUUUUGUUAGUAGUUUAGACAUAGAAAUAAAAGAUACGCACUCGUUAAAUAAUGCACAGCACAGUAGACUUACAGACAGAUUUUGCUUUUAGGCGUAAACAAUGCAUGCUGAAGAAUAUUCCCACCAUAAGAGAAUUUUUUUUUAAAUCACAGAACCGAUGUUUGUCCUAAACCUAUCUUGAGCUAACGUAUUUCUGUUACUGACUAAAGUAUUUCUGCUGUUAUUUUCAAAGCAGUAUUGUUUUCCAGCCGAUUCCCCUACCAGUUCUAAAUUUGGCUUUGACAGUAUUGAAUCUCCUGUCUGACCACUUAGGCUUCAAACUGCAUUUACUGAAUCCCAGGGUUAUAGCUUAGAAUUGUACAUAAAGUGACAUGUCACCCAUUCAUGAAAAACGUUCAAGUAUUGCUUUUUGCUACUACAUUGUGCAUAGAACCUCGUUUUGCCACCCCCCCCCCCAUGAACGUAGUAGUAUCCAGAGAUUAUGCAUAACUACAUCUAUUGCUUUUGGCAGUAAAUGAAGAUUUUGUUGUAAUUUUCCAGCUGUGAAAAUGUUGCCUUGUAUUUAAAAGGAUUUCAUGAAUGGAAACCUAAGUAAAACUCAGCUCAUUAGUGACAGACUUGCUUUCCUCCAUCCUACCUUCACCUACUUCUCCAUCCUCAGAACCCCCUCCGCCCCACUCUUUCCACCCCCAUAAGGGUGCUUAUUCUUUAGCAAGGAGAAUCUUAAAAAGCUGCUGUCUUUAAUGUAUCUAGUAAUUGUUACACUAGAGCUCUUAUUUUCCCCUGUAGCUUUUUAGGAGAAGCAACCUACUUUGGAUUUGUAAUUCAAGCUGAAACUUUUUGAUGUCCAUGUACUCAUAUGUCUUAUAGAUAUAGUGGGUGUCUGUGUGUGUGUGUGUGUGUGUGUGUGUGUGUGUAAGUGAAGUAUAAAGCAUGUUCAUUCACUCGAGCUCUUUGAAGUAAGAGGUAAAGGACCACAGUGCCGCUGGUUCACAGAGAUGUAAGGGUCUGUCAGCACCAUCGAAAGCCCCCAUUUUCACAGAUUUAUAACUUUAAUAAUCCAGAUGCAAUCAUUGGAAGUAUUUAAUAUGCAAUAGGUAGCACCUUAACUAAUUAAUCUGCAUAUGAAGGGUUUUCUGAUGUAUUUAAUAAGAAGUGUAGAAGCUUUCAAGCAUUAAACUAGAGUUGACGUUUUAUUUCAUUUAUUUUCUGUGUUGAAAAUUUCCAUUCUUACAAUGGAAUUGAGGUCUGUAAAAAACGAUACAUUGGACCUAUUAAUCUUUGAAUCUUCCAGGCGGUUUGUAUUUUGAGGUACAAAAAAAAAAAAAAAAAUGCUGCAGAUCUAGAAAUGUAUAUAUUUAGCAGGUACUUGAAAGACACAAGCAUUAUUUAUAACUGAAGAGUAUUACAUCCUAUUAAGUAAAAUGCUCUGGUAACUUGUAUACAUUUUUACAGGUACAAACCCAAAAGUCUGUAAGCAUUGCAUAAUGUGACAGUUGUAUAAUUUAUGUAAUCUGAUGCAUGAAUCAGAAUUUUUAUAUAAUAUAUAAUUAUCAAUUUAUUAUAGUUGAUUAAAGUGUUUAAUCUUAAUUCAGUUGUUGUACGUUCUUAAUGCAGAGAAGACUGUACGACGCACACAUUCGUACAUGAGUCCUGCUUAUCUUUGAACAAUACUUAGGAUGCCUCUUGGUUGGUGUAUCACAGCAAACGUAUUGUAAGACCUACAAACUCAAUUCACUGUGAAAGUAGUUCUGAAAAGUCAGAGAGUGGUUUCCAAGCACCCGAGACUGGACAUUCCUCGACAGGUGUAGAUGCCUGCCUUCAGAGGGCUGGAGCUCGUGGUUUGGGUAGAAAAUGACAUUUGAGUAUUUCGAUGGAGGUUAAGGCCGAACCCGAAUGCUUCCUAUUUAUGCACUAUUUCCUUUAUUCCUCGCAGUCAGGACCAUUUAGGGGUUCAGAGGAAAUGUAAAACAACGAAUGAACAAUCGAUUGGUGAAACUCAAGAAUCAAGUUGACAAACCUACAGCAUUUGUCACCACUUCUCAUCGUCCAUUUUACUCAGAAGUGACUCGUCAACACUCCUCCCACCCUCCCAGCUCAGCAGUGCAGGGCCGCACCUGUCCGUCCCAUGUUAGCUGCCGGAGGCAGGCACGCAACGGGGCCAGGACAGCCAUGGUGUGGCUGGGCGCGGAUGGCAGCGUCUCAGGCAGCAGUGUUACCGCAGACUGGGAGACACGAUCCGGAUGCAGUAAGUUUUUGGACACAAAUACACAUUUGGAGCAAGGGCUUUCUCGGCAGCCUAGAAAGUCUUCCUGUUUUUAACUGCUCUCUGUUUUGGGGGGCCCAUUUAACACACCUCUGUAUUUCCCCCGUUGUAUCUCUAGAUUGUUCCCCUUUCUGCCUCUCCCCAGGUUUGUAAUUCCUUAGUCUACUGAGACAGAGAUGUUUUGGGUAAUUUGCGAAUAGGGACAUAUUAAAGUGGCCAUUUCCCCUGUAGGAUUUGUUGUAACGCAAUGCCUGUCUCAGAAAUGUCACUUUUUCAAGGUAAUGGCCUUGUAACCUGGAUGCCUAGCAUUCUGCAUUUUUUCCCCCAAAUAAUUUUACAUGGUAACGCAAAUGUCAUGCUUUCAAAUUUUUACUUAGAAGCAACUUUUUUUUUAAGAUUUUAUUUAUUUAUUUGACAGAGAGAGAUCACAAGUAGUCAGAGAAGCAGGCAGAGAGAGAAGAGGAAGCAGGCUCCCUUCUGAGUAAGGAGCCCAAUUCAGGGCUGAAUGCCAGGACCCUGGGAUCAUGACCUGAGCCAAAGGCAGAGGCUUUAACCCACUGAGCCACCCAGGUGCCCCUAGAAGCAACAUUUUUAGAAACAUUUGUAAUUACAUGAACUAGAAAGUCUUAAUUCUAUUCUUUUACUCUUCACACCCUAAAAUUCGUUUGAUGUUCAAUGGUUUCAUCAUUUUGUAGGCAUACCCAAAAGCCAGAAUUGAUGCUGGGAAACACAGAAUCAAAUUUCUCUAUCAGAGAUUUUCAGGGAUAAUGUGUUGUGGCCAAAUGGGAGCUGUGGUCCAGUUUGUUACUAACAUUAGUACCAAAGUUUGCAAACGAGUUUUUUUUUUUUUUUUCUAACGAAUUAGAACAGAAUCAAGAUUUCACCAUUAGAGCGUUACUUGCAUUCUGUUAGGCUCUGGCAAGGGACAGGGGCAUGCAGGAGACCAGGCCUUUAUUUGUGCAACAGCCUUAGUGCAGUGAUUGCAAACUCCAGAGUCAACAGAGCCAGGUAAGUACGAUGGACAACCAGGCAGGCCAGGUAUAGCAGAGUAGGACUUAAUGGGGCAGGGCGGGGGUGUGCAAUCUGGAGAGGGGACAGCAGCUGUUCAGCUCAGGCUCAUGUGGCCGCAUGGAAAGAUAAGUCCAGGGUUGCUAAACCUGAUCUUCCUAGAGAAAAUGAAAAUACAGAUUUCUGUAUGAAAUACGAUUUCCAAGUGUUGGCAAUUAAUUCACUUUUUUUAAACAAAACCAAGGGCUGCCAGUGUGCGACAUCUUGAGUCACUAUUUUUAAUUUACCAUCUAGCCAUCGUCAGAGCAGUUCAGACUAUGGAUGUUUUAGUUCCCCCACAAAUGAAUCCCAGUUUAAUCAUAAACUGUGUUGGCCAAGGGGUGUGUGGGCUAUGUGUGGGAUGUAAGAGUCCCAGCUCAGGACCCUGGCAGGGGUUGAGAAGGAACCAAUGGGUAUGAAGUUUCCCUUCUGCUAGAUGACUACAUUCUAGAGCUCUGCUGUACAAACUAGUGUCUGUAGCUAACAGCACUGUUUUGUACACUUAAAAAGUUAAGAGGCUGGGUCUCAUUACAUUUUCUUACUACGCAAAAGAACAAAGACUUUCCCUGAUUAGCCUGUCCCUGAGCCUCACCUGCCAUUGCUUUUAAGAAGGAAAUGGUGCAGGUAAAUCCAAGUUCCAGUAGAAGGGCCUCUGCUCUUAUGUUCAAAGCAUUUUAGAAUGCUAGCUUGGGAUCUGUUACGUGCCCUUCUUGUGGCAAUUAUAAUUUUUCAAUAUAUAUGAUGGUCUUGCUUUUGGCAAAAAUUGUAUAUAUGAUGAUCUUGCUUUUGGCAAAAAUUGUAUUAGUGUCCCCCCAAAAACAGGGCUGUGGGGUGGCUCAGUCACUUAAAUGUCCGACUUUGGCUCAACUCCUGAUCUCAGGGUCCUGGGAUCAAGCCGUCUCAGGCACCCUGCUCAGUGGGGAGUCUGCUUCUCUCUCUCCCUCUAGGAGAGAGAGAAGGAUCCUAGGUCCUAGGAUCGAGCCUUGUGUUAGGCUUUGCUCAGCUGGGAGCCUGCUUCUCCCUACUUCUACCUACUGUUCUCACUGUACUGUCUCUCUCUGUGUGUCAAAUAAACAAAAUCUUAAAAAAAAAAAAAAAAAACUAUAAAACUAUAAAAAAACUAAAACUAUGAAAACUAUUUAAAAAAGCAAAACUCUAUGGUAUUUAAAAUUCUUUAAAAAUCAACCAACAACCCCUAGAAAAAAACAAACAAAAUCCAGAAACCAAAAAGCUCAGUGUCCCAAAGAUCAGUUACGCUCCUAAUAUUGUGCUGUGUGAAGGUCAUAAGGCAUAUGACAAUUGCCAGUAGUACUUAAUUUGUAUUGAGUAGAUGUGUUUUCAUGGUUUUUUUAGGACCUAAAAUACAUAUACAUUUCAGUGAAAAUAUAUUUCCAUAGUUUGCUUGAUUUUAUACAUUAGUCUUUUAAAUCUCUACUAUAAUAAAAAAGAAUAAUGAAAUAAAAAUUCUACCAUAUUUGACUCUGACCAGAUGAGGAAAGGUGCAUAGUGUGGAACCCUGGUUCUUACAGUGUCGUCCCUAAAGCUGCAAUGUCACUGUCACCUGGGAAUUUGUUAGAACGCAUGACCUUCAGCCCUUUUCCAGACCGGACUAAAUCAGAGUCUGGCGGUAGGACCCAGACUGUUCUUUUAAUAAGCCCUCCAAGUAUUCCAAAUGGGCUUUCAAAUUUGAGAACCAUUGAGCUAAAGCCCCUUGCCCUUAUUUGGGUAACUUAUCAUAGAGAAUCCUUUUUUUUUUUUUUUUUUUUUUAAGUUAACGUAACUUUACUUGCCAGUCCUGAAUUUAUGAAUCGGGGAGAGUUUUUUUUCUUUGUUUGUUUGUUUUUAUUAGUUUGGUUUUUGGUUUGUUUUUGUUUUUGUUUUUUUGUGGGUUUUUUUGGUGAAAUGGACGUCUCAUAUUUUAACUUCAAGUACAAUGAAAUGUCAUAUAAUAGAAUGUCUUAAGAUAAGUAUAGUGCAUUAUGUAAAGUAGAUACAUAAUAAGUACUAUGGAUUUAUUGAUGCCA